UAAUGACUACACAGUAAGAAAUAAUUAUAUAGUUACUAUUUGGUAAUUGAUCAGUAAGUGGGCUGCUAUGAAGUAUACUUAUGGUCGUUUGAGACUAAUUGGUUGCUUCAAUUUAAAAUUAUAUCAGAAAUUUACAAUUAUAAGUAUUUUUUUAACAAAACUUUGAGUCAAAUAUUAAUUCAUCAAAUUGUAUAGGCGACCGACUAUAUCACAUAAUGUUGACUCUUGCAAUGCGGACGAUUAAUACAAAUUCAUAUGACAUAGUUAUCCAAUACAUAUGAUAUGUCUCGUUUGCUUUAUCUUACGUACCUGUCAGUUACCUUAAUCAAUACGUUAAUUAGACUACAUGUAUGAACAUAUAUAUAUUUAUAUAUGUAUAUAUAUAUAUAUCAGAGAGUAUGAACAUAUAUCCCCAAAAACAAGUUCAGUACUCCAGCUUUAUUCUUCUACACGUGUGUUUCUGUUGCAUGAUGUCAUGAUCAACACGUUUGCAAUUACGCUUUGAAUAAAUUUUUGUUGGAGGGGAAACAUUUGCACUUUUAAAAAAAAUAAAAAAAGGCAAAGAAAAGGAAACUAAGUUGUGUUGGUUUUCAAAACAUUUGAAGUUUGAAUUUGACUUUUCUCUGUAAUUUCUCUUUUUAUCAGCUUCAGCUGCCUCUUCUUCUCUCUAUCUAGAUCUGUCUUGUCUUCCAUGUUAUUAUAAAUACUCCCCUCCCUUUGCUUCUCUUCCCCAAUAUCACUACUGCUAAAUUAGCUGCAGAUACAUACAUACACACACACAUAUACAUAUAUAUUUUUAUUAUUGUUUGUAAUUGAAAUUUGCCAAAUGGGUUUUGGUACUAAUCAGUCGCUGUUGUCUAAAAUUGCAACAAACGAUCGACAUGGUGAGGAUUCUCCUUAUUUCGAUGGAUGGAAAGCUUACGACAGAAACCCUUUUCAUCCUACUCGCAAUCCUGACGGCGUUAUCCAAAUGGGUCUCUCUGAAAAUCAGCUUUGCUUUGAUUUGAUCGAGAAGUGGGUUAAAAAGAAUCCCAAUGCUUCCAUCUGCACAGCUGAAGGGGUUGAAAACUUCAAGCACAUAGCCAACUUCCAAGACUAUCAUGGCCUGAAAGAAUUUAGACAGGAAGUUGCCAAGUUAAUGGGGAAGGCAAGAGGCGGCAGAGUGACGUUCGACCCAGAGCGUAUAGUGAUGAGCGGGGGAGCGACAGGCGCCAGCGAGACGAUUAUGUUUUGCUUGGCGGAUCCAGGCGAUGCUUUUCUGGUUCCCACUCCUUACUAUCCUGCAUUCAAUAGGGACCUGAGAUGGCGAACCGGCGUACAGAUAAUUCCAGUGCAAUGCAGCAGCUCAAACAAUUUUACAGUAACACGGGAAGCCGUAGAGGCUGCGUACCAGAAAGCUCAAGAAGCCAACAUCAAUGUCAAAGGUUUGAUCAUCACCAACCCCUCGAAUCCGCUAGGCACCACCUUAGACUCACAAACACUCCAGAGCUUGGUCAACUUCGUCAACGACAAGACCAUCCACCUGGUCUGCGACGAAAUCUAUGCCGCCACCGUCUUCAGCUCCCCGGAGUUCGUCAGCAUCGCGGAGAUCAUCCAAGAAAUGGACGUUAACCGCGACCUUAUCCACAUCAUCUACAGCUUGUCCAAAGAUAUGGGUCUCCCCGGUUUCCGGGUAGGCAUUGUGUAUUCCUACAACGACGUCGUAUUAAGCUGCGGCCGGCGGAUGUCGAGCUUUGGGUUGGUCUCGUCACAGACUCAAUAUUUCCUGGCGACACUGCUGUCCGACGACGAGUUCGUCGAUUACUUCCUCCGGGAAAGCUCGAAGAGGCUGGCGAGAAGACACCAUAAACUCACCAGAGGGCUGGAGCAAGUGGGGAUAAAGUGCUUGAAAAGCAAUGCCGGACUUUUUGUGUGGAUGGACCUGCGGAGGCUCCUGGAAGAUCCAACGUCGUUUGAUGCAGAAAUGAAGCUGUGGCGGACCAUCGUCAACGACGUGAAGCUGAACGUGUCGCCGGGAUCUUCGUUCCACGUGGCGGAGCCGGGGUGGUUUAGGGUUUGCUUCGCGAACAUGGAAGAGGAAACCAUGGAUGUCGCGCUGCAGAGAAUCCAAGCUUUUGUCUGCAGAGCGAAAGAAAGAGAAGCAGCUGCGGCGGCGACGACAAAUAAGAAAAGAGGAACGAUGAAUUUGCGGCUGAGCUUCUCGUCUAGGAAUCGGGUGUACGAGGAACAGUAUUACGUCAUGUCACCUCACAUGAUGUCACCUCGGUCGCCGCUUGUUGAAGCAAGAACAUAAAGAAAAUUAAUAAAUUUAUUUUAGAAUAAUAUUAAAAUGGUUCGUUAAUUAAUUAGUGGUGGUUCAAAUAGUCAGCAGUUACUUUUUUAACGCACCACUUUUAGGAAAAGUUAAUUUUUACCCACUGAAGGAGUAAAUCAUACAGGGGUUGGGUUGACUCUUUGGA